CUAUAGGGGCUGAAUCAGCUCCAUAUUUCCCAGGCAGAGGGGAUGGUGGCUCUGCUGCUGCAGCUGCAAUUCGUGCGGGAUCGCUAAAGUUAUCUGGCUGGGCAGGCGGAGGGUGACUCGGAUGUGAGUUCAGCCAGCGGUGGGGCGAGGGGGCUCCUGUCUCUGCCAGGCUGGCAUGGAUGCCCUGCACAUGUGAUCUUUAUUUUGGCCGGGGGUGUUCAUGUGUACACUGUGGGACCUGUGUGUUCAUUGGACCGGGAAGUAUACAGCGACAUAUUCCGCUGCUGUGGAGAUCUAGGGGGGUACAGGCUGCUUCCUGCACUUGGUGCCCAUGCUGGGGUGAAAUCAGACGGUGAGAGGGGGCAGCAGUGUGUUGGGAUCGCCAUGGGCACUGGGGUUUGCAGCAGGAGGCAGAAGAGCCUUCUCCACACAGGCUUCUGUCUGCUGGCCGUGCUGGGGCUGGCGAGUGGAGGCUUCCUCUAUAACUACAUAAUCCAGAAAGCCAAGAUCUCCGAAGCCCAGGCGGUGAAAUUCAAGCAGCAGCAAGAAGCUCUCUCUGCACAGCUGCAAGUGGUGUACGAGCAUCGUUCCAGACUGGAGCGUUCCUUGCAAAAGGAGAGAAGUGAACACAAGAAGACAAAGGAAGACUUUUUAGUUUAUAAACUAGAAGCUCAGGAGGCGUUAAAUAAGGAGAAGCAAGAUUCUAUGAAUCGGUAUGGGGCUUUAAAUUCACAGCACAAGAUAUUAAAGAAUCAGCACGAUGAGCUUAAGAAGCAACUUAAUGAUUUACAGUUUGAGCACAGCAACUUGAAACUAGAACACAGAAAAACAAUCGAAAACCACAAUCAAAAGAUCUCUCAACUGCAGAGGGAGAAGGACAGCUCCGUCUCUGGACUGCAAGAUACUAUAUCUAAACUACGUGAAGAAAGUAAGCUGCUCCGGAAAGCUCACCUGGAUGUCCACUCACAGCUCCUCGGUGCUCAGGCCCAGGUGGAGGAAUUCCGUCAGCUGAAAGAUGCUUUGAAAAAAAUGCCAAGUUUCAAGGACCAUGAGACGCGCGCAGAAAACCAUCAAUUUCUAACCGCCGCUAAAAAGGGUUAUAAAGUCGCUGACACUCAAGCGCCUCAGAAGCUACCGGGCAAUGAUAAGUCUGCAGCGGAUCUCCAGAUCCCCGGAGGUGAAACGCUGCCUGCGAAGACACUUCCAAGCGGUCUGCUGGACUCCGCUACGCAGGACAACUCUCUGGUUCAAAGUCCGUCUGUGCGUUUAACUCCCCCAAGGCCAGGGACACCAAACAAAAGCGAAAACCAUGUCAUGAGAUUCGCCCGGACGGUCAACAGCCUGCAAGGUCCAAAAGAGGAGGUCAGUGAAGCAACAAUACAUCUGUCCGAAGAGCGGCAAUAUGGUCAUAGACUGCAAGCUGCCUUAAAUAAAGAAGGACCUAUGGGCCAUGCACUGACUGUGAACAAGCAGGUGCCUAUUCAGAGCUGGCAAGAUAUAGUUAAGAAGGUAAAUGAAAGGAUGACGGAAGAAGAAGAAGGCAAUGAAAUACCAGACAAAGAUGUCAAGCCAGAAGCGGCGGGUGAUGACAUACCAGCGGUCAAUUGGGGCAGACGCUCUGGGUACCCAGCAGGCAACCAGGAUGCUAAGGAUGAAGAACUAGAAAUGGAUGCUGGGAUGAUUGACAGGGAAGAAAACCCGCAGUCUCCGAAGCAGCACGUAGGCCGGGAACCAUCGAAUAUAAAGGCUGUUGGAGAUCCUGCCAUAGAUCCCAAUAAUCCAGGGGAAGAUGAGUUUGAAGAGGCCGAGAUAGAUCAGACAAAUUUUGAGGUGAAAGCCGAGGGUGUGAAUGAACAGGAUCAGCACUUGGCAGGGAACAAACAUAAGGUGCCAGAGGUUAGAGAAGAACAAGAGGAGCCAUAUCAAGAUGAUCAAGAACAAGACAAUGAGGAACGUGAAAGUGAGCAACUGGAAAAUGGCGAAGACUUGGGUCAAGAUCACAGAGAAGCCGAUAAGCAGGAUGGAAACAGGAGACAUGAAUAUUACUGACUUCUUACUUGAACUUGACUGUAACUGCGGUAUCCGCGUACAUAGUGACCUGGGAUGGAGCUAGAAGAACAUCUUUAAGAACCAUAAGCCUGUGCUUGGAUGUACGAGCAACACGGUCUACUUUAGCAUUCAUAGAACUGACAUCAGGGGCCUACAUACCUCUAUUGGUGAAAAAUUCAGCAUUUUUUUUUUCAAAAUUUGCCAGACCUUUCUUUUACUUUAACUUUUAUUUUUUUUUUAUUUUUUUUGUAACUGUAAAUUAAAAGAUGUUUAUUUUGGAUUACAUCGUGCUAUAAACAUUCUAGUUCUGUCCUCUCCAUGUCUGUCUUGUAAAAAUGUUUAUUUUGGAAUUCUAGAAAAAGCAAAGACCUGUUUUAAAAAAAACCAAACACUAAGGAUUAACUUUUUAUAUAUGCUUGUUUUCUGUAAACCCAAAGAAGGUGUUUGCGUGAUCCUCACUUUUCUGCAAUAUACAAUGUUUUUCUAAAUUAUUAUUAUUGUAUCAAGAUCAAUUUUAUAAAGGAAUAAUAAGUUGA